AUGGGGUCUGAACCGGCAACUAAACGGAUGAAACUGGACCUUAGCAGCCCAGAUGAGCCGCUCACACAACGUGAUGUAGUGGCUUUUCAGAAAGAAGCACUUUUCAGAUGUUUAAAUCAGUAUAGGACCAACCUGGAAUCCCUACGAACCCAGCAUGAUUUGUCAAAGAGACAAUGUGGGGAGAUCUCCAGGAGUCUAGCGAAUUUGAUGGCACUUGUAGUCACUUUAGCAAGGUUUUUGGCCACUUUUUGUGAGAAUGAAGAAGAGAAAGAGCUUUGUAGGCAGGUCGCAGAGGGCGACGAAACGGUUAUUGUGAAACUCAGUGAUCCCUUCAUGAAGUUUUUAACCAAAUAUGGUGUAAACGGGAUACGUCAGGACGUUUCUGCAAAAGUCGAAAAGCUGGCAACGGAUUUGAAGGAUCUACAAAGUGUCAAGGGCGAACUUUCGAAAGAAAACAAACAGCUUACAGAGGAAAUCACCUCUUUGAAGGAAUAUUAUCAGAACUUGAUCAGAAAAUAUGACAGAGAGGAUUCUCUCACUGUUACGAGGGUGUUCGAGAAGGCAAUGGAUGACGAACAGAAAGUCAACGAGAAGGUAUUUAGCCUUAAGGCGGAGAGCGUCAAUGUACCUUCAAAUGAAACUGCACCAGAAAAUGAUACAGUAAAGGCAGCAACCGAAACUGACGAUAAAGCUCCACACUGUGCUAUAGAGCAUGAGCUGCAAAUUACAGGACUAAAGGCACAAGUAGAAUCUUUAAAUGCAACCGUUCAAGAGUUGGAGAAAUUUAGGGAGAUCAACGAGCAAGAACUGAUUAAAUUGCGUCAACAAGUAUCCGCGCAGCAAGCACAACAAACUCCUCAAGUCCAUGAUCGAGAUAGUUUGCUGGAAAAGAUAAGUCAUUUAAAGGCAGAAAACGAAGACGCUUCUGCUGUCAAUGCCGACCUUUUGAAAAAAUUCCAAGAACUGACGCGAGAGCAAGAGAUUUAUACUGGUAAACUCACACAGGAACUACGAACAGCCCAAGACACCUUAAAGAAACACAAUGCCACCCUAGAGAAGGAUCUAGUAAGAAUAAGGACAACUCGUGAUGAGCUAUUAGGAAAAGUUGCCAUUUUGGAAGCCGAGAAAUCCAAGUCCUCGAUGUUGGUGGAUUUACAGUCUGCAGUCAACAUUCUGCAAGAUCAAUGGGAUAAGCUACAGGUUCGAUCCAAUGAUGAACCACAGCCACAGGAUGCCCUGAUGAAAGAAUUACAGGAGUUGGAAAUUGCAUUUAAAGAGUUGACCAGUCUCACGCACAAGAAAUACUCGGAAUUAGUUAAUCAGGAGAGUUUAAUAUCGAAAUUGACGGUGGAGAAGACAAAGGCAGAUCAAAAGUAUUUUGCAGCAAUGAGAUCUAAGGAUUCGAUUUUAGUGGAAAACAAGAAUUUGUCCAAAAGUUUGAGCAAAUCAAAUGAACUAAUUGCACAAUUAAAGGAUUCAGACAGAUUAUUGCAACAAAAGAUCGCAAACCUGAAGAAACAAUUAGAACUUUCACAAAGCAAUGAAAAAAGACUGACAGAUUCAAAUAAAUCCAUUAAUUUAAAAGUCAUGGAUUUUAACGCUGAAAUUUCAAGAUUAAAAAAGAGCUUAAAUGCAGCUAGAGAAGAGAACCAUCAAAACAUUGCCCAGGCCACAAAGGCACAAACACAUUUACAGGAUGCCGAGGCAGAGUUGAAGAAAGUUAAAAUACUGGCAGCCAACAGCGAAGCUACUUGCCAGAAAUUACAAAGCUCAUUGCUCAACGAUGGCGGAGAUAACGCUCCACUAAUGAGAGAGUUGGAAGAUUUCCGUUCACUAGUAUAUUGCUCUCUAUGUUCUAAGAACUGGAAAAGUAUGGCAAUCAAGACCUGUGGCCACGUCUUCUGCGAUAACUGUUGUAAAGAGAGAUUAGCUUCCAGAAUGAGGAAAUGCCCAAGUUGCAAUAAGCCGUUUAGCUCGAACGAUCUGCUUUCAAUCCAUUUGUAA